AUCGCCAAUGGUGCUUUAUAAGCCAAUGGAUUUCAAGUAUAAUAAAAGAUGGUGACACGAGAAUUACCAUUCUUUACACUACGAACUCCAGCUCUUGUUCCAGAUGACAAAGAUCCUGGUUGGUCUAGAACUGCGCAAAAGGUUCCUUUGGAAAAUCUCAAGCAAAGGAUUCAGGGUGUUGUUAGAGGACUCUUGGUUUACCAAGAGGAUCCAAGAAUUGGUCCUUUCUUGCUUCUGGGAGCAUUAAUUUCUAUGGGUACCAUUUGGUUCCGAAGGAACCAACAAGCUCAGACAUCUGAAUCAAAUCCACAAAGUCAACCAAGUUCUGAGGAACCUUCCCAGGAUGAAAGAAAUCGGAGACCAAGAGAUGGUCUCCGAAGGCGGCAAACUAAAGAUUCGACUAAAAAUCAGCAUCCUUCUAUGACGGAUUCGGAACCAAAGGGUGCUUAUCAAAUGCCACUUUCAGAUUCUGAAUCUGAGUAGUUUCAACAUGGUUUCUCCUUGAAGGAAAGUAGCUUUUCAAGACACAGUGCUAUAUGGUCUGAACACUAAUUAGGCUCCUAGUUGAAGCCUUUAGAACAUGAUACUAGGCUGUCAGCAUGUCAACUCGAGAUUAGGGCGUAUACUACUGAUGUCACGCUGAUUAGAAGCUAACUUGAUUUUCUUUGUAUAUAGAUGUUAUUAAACUUUCCUGCUCCGAUCAUAGAAAUUUAUUUGAAUUUGGUGUUUCGAUUAAAACAUUUACUCUCAAAUGGUUUCAUUCUUUAAGCUUGGUGCC